UCCUUUUGUAAUUCCCUUCCAAUGAGAAGCUUUUAACUGGGAUAGAGUCUGGUGUUGCAUCAGUCUGCUGCACGAUGUUGACCCUGAAGUAUCUGUAUGUUAAGCCGAACUUCAAAACACCCCAGGAGGCUGUCGAGUGGGACAAGCUUCAAAAGCUGAUCGCCAACGUGCGGCAGUUUCAUGAUGACUUCGAUCGAAUUGUGCUGCACAAGGACCUCUUUCGAACCUUUUUCUAUUACUACCUGCAAGAGAUACGGCACCGUAUUAUACGCAUUUUGAUGGACUUCGCCAAGAUUGAAUGGUGUGAACCGAAACCCGAGGGGCUGCCCGUGGACCCUUACGGAUUUCCUGCCGCAGAACCGGUCAAGCCGAAGAGCAAAAAGAGAGAACCGGACCACGUACCGGAUUACACGAUUCGAAUCAAGGGUUACAAAGAAAAGUUUCCGUUGAUUUGCUGCGAUGAACAGUUCCGCACGUUAUCCUUGCUCAGACUCCACUACUACGCUGUGCACGAGAAAACUUACCUAUUGGCGGCCACCACUUGUGAGAUGAAAGCAGCCCUUCUCCGGAUGGUAGUUUUUCGCAGAAGUUUGGAUGAUUUUUUGAAAACCAGCAUGAAGGCAAACAACGGAUUGUGCUUGUAUCUUACGAAAAUUCUUCGGAGAAUUAUUUCCGUAAUUCGUUAUUAAGUAGUAUUAAAGUUUGCCAACGACUCUCACGUGGGAACGACGGCGAUUACUAUUACUUAACAUCGCUCAAAUGUUCGAAACGGUAUAGUUGUAAGAAAACACCCAUACCUCGGAUGCACAAGUUUUGCUGUUAAGUGUUACGACACUCUUGACCAAACAG